AUGCAUAUAAAAACUAAUCAUGGAUUAGAAAAAUCAUUGAAUAAUUAUCGUUUAAAAUAUAAUCAUCAUUUAAAUUAUUGGAAAGAUAUUCGAAAGACAAAUUAUUGGAUUACAUUUGAAAAUCCUUUAUUUGAAAAUUAUGUUAGUAUGACAAAUGGAUAUCAUUUUAAUUCAAAUCCUGUUCUUUCGGAAAAUAUUUCAUCACCAACUGAAUCAACAGAUAGCGGAAUACAAAUAUCUAUAGAACGAACAAUAACAAUGGAUGAUGAUAUAAACCUUCCAUUAGGUUGGGAACGUUUUGAAGAUGAACAAGGUGUUUAUUAUUGGCAUAAAUUUACUGGUACUGUAACACGUGAUCGACCACAAUCAAUGAUAAAUUCUCCAUCAUUAACACUUUCAUCAUCAUCGAAUGAUACAUGUUUUGAAAUUAAUUCCUUCUUAAAUAAAAGUGAAUCAGAUAAUUCUAUUCGAACAUUAAAUGAUAAUUCUGAACAACAUCGUUUUUAUGUACGUUCACUUGGUUGGACAAUAAUCAAUGAAGAAGAUUUAACAAAGGAAAAAAUUAGUCAUUCUGUAAAUCGUUGUAUUUAUGAAUUAACACGUGGAAUUAAUGAUUCAAUUAGUCGUUGGGGUGAUGGUAAAGAUCUUUAUAUGGAUAUUAAUAAUACAAAUAUACUUUUAAUUGAUCCUAUUGAAAUGACUAUAUUACAUAAACAAUCAAUAACAUCACUUCGAGUUUGGGGAGUUGGAAGAGAAAAUUCAAGAGAUUUUGCUUAUGUUGCAAAAGAUAAAAAUCUUACAACAAAUAUUUAUAAAUGUCAUGUAUUUCGUUGUGAUAAUACAUCGGCAAGAAUAAUUGCAAAUACAUUACGUGAUGUAUGUAAAAAUCUAAUGAUUGAACGUGGCUUAUUAAAUCAUACAACAGAAAUUUCAAAUGAUGGAAUAUUAAACCAAAAACGACCAACAUCAUUUCCUGAUUCAAUUGAGAAUGAUAUUACAAAUACACAAUUUCCAACACCAAUGGAAGAACAAAAGAAUAAUUUACCAUGUAAAUAUUUAGGUUGUACAUAUGUUGAACAGCCUGGUGGAAUGAAUAUUUUACGACCAGCAAUCGAAAAAAUAGCAACGACAGUACCAGAUGAUCAAUGGAUUUCAGUUGUAGUUAAAAUUUCACCAACAUCAAUUAUUGUUUGUUCAGAUGGUGAUGAUUCAAAAGAACAGUUACUCGAUUGUCGUAUUCGUUAUCUUUCAUUUCUUGGUGUUGGACACGAUAUUCGUUUUUGUGGAAUAAUUAUUCAUUGUGCAGAUAAUUCAUUUAAAUGUCAUGUAUUUUAUUGUCAACCAUCAUGCAUUCAACUAUGUAAAAAUAUAGAAGCUGCUUGUAAAUUACGUUAUCAAAAAUGUCUUGAUGCUCAUCCACAACCAGUUCAAUCAGUUGAACAAACAAAAAAUUAUACUUCACAAAUAAAACGUUUGGUUGAAUCAUUCUGGUUUGGGAAUAAACAAUCUAUUUGA